AUACGAUUGAAGUUCUAGCUUGUGGUCACACAUAUCAUAAAAUUUGUUAUAGCCGUAAUGGGUCCAAAUGUCUACAUUGCCUCUCAUUUCUACAAGAUGGUGUUGACGAACACGUCCAAUCCUUACUAGAACAUUUGCGACAUUUUAAUGAACAUCAAGUCGAAGAACCUGACGAUAAUAUUCCUUGUGAUGACAACGAUGAAAAUGAACCAGUGGAAUGUAUGGUAUUUACAUUGGAAGAAGCAUUACAGAAAUUCCAAUUACAAUAA